UCAUAAAUUAGCACUAGCGUUUGGGAUUAAAUCCUUUAAUCAUGGUUGGAUCAUGCAGUGGCAUAUACUUGGACAACUUUCCAGCACUUUCAAAUACAGUUGCAACCCUUCUCCCAGCCUCUCGCCGGGUUUUAUUUGGAGUGAUGAAAUGCAGGCAAGUUAUUUCCUACAGUCGAGAAAAAACGUUUCAUCCAAAGACAUCAGUCUGUGCUGAAAGAACCAGGUUUCUCAAAGACAAAACUUUGUCGCUAAUCUCCGAGCAUUACUUAAAUAAGAAAACACAUUAGACGGACACUGUCAUCAAGAAUGCGAGGACCUUAAAUGCCUUAUAAUGCACAGUUCAAAAGGUUGUUAGUUGGAUUGUUUGUUCUGACCAGUGCUGGUCCGACUGGCGGCCCAGCCUUGACAAAAUGCUGCAACAGAUUUUACAGGACAUGUAUAUCGAUCCAGCUGUCCUAGACCAACUGAAUGAAGAACAAAAGCAGAUUUUAUUCCUAAAGAUGAGACAAGAGCAAGUUCGAAGAUGGAAAGAAAGAGAAGAAAAAGCAGAAAGAGAGCAGAAAAAGAUAAAGAAAACAGAGUCAACAAAACGAGUGGAUUGGCUGCUUGGAAAAGACGGAGAUGUGUGGGUGUGGGUGAUGGGAGAGGCUCAAGGGGAUAAGCCAUAUGAACAGAUCUGUAGUGAAACUUCAGUAGAAGCAAGGAGAUUCACAGAAAAUCAAAGAAAGUUAUUUUCAGAUUCUGACACCUGGAAUAGAGAUGAACAUGAACAAUUUAAACCAAAUGGAAAAGACAAAGUGGAUGCAACUUGCAAGGUUAGAAUGGGGUCACAUCUGAAGCAUGCACUUGAGUUCUGUUAAUGGUGGAAGGGAGUUCACACUCAAUGCUAUAUGAACAUACCGGAAUGAAAUGAUGACACUUUUGUAUGUUGAAAUCAGUCAGUGUUGAUUAAAUACAUAUUCAUGCAGAAGAAAACAUUCAAUGUUAAGAAACAUGCAGGUAAUGUAUUAUAAUUUGCAUUAUCCCUUUAUCAUUCACACAUGAUGAUGAUUGUCCAGACUAAAUGCCCUCUUCUAUGGUAUCCCGCUCAAAAUAAUUUUUUGGAAAGAUGUUGUGUUUGUGGAUGUAGAGAAUUACUUAGAGGCAAGUGCUGCUGCUUUCCCACUUCCCUGAUGUGUUGCAGUUCCAGCAGGAUGAAAAGCAACUACAUGCCCAAUUUGAACAAAUGCAUGGACAGCCUGUUAGGCUCAUGCAGGAUAUGUAGACUUGUUG